UCUCUCGCUGCAACCUCUGCCGACUCCGCUGCCGCACACGAGCUUAGAGGCAACGCCGCCAACAGCCAAUCCCCGCGAGAGGAGCCGCCGGAAGUCGUCAGAAGCGCUCGGGGAAAAAGCCUUUUAGACCAUAGAGGCGCAGCCAUUUCCGGCAGCUAGAGCGGUCGUGAAUCUGUUUCAGCCAUCUUGGAUAUGGGCGAUGAGCCACACAGGCAGUAUUUCGGAGCUUUAAAAGCAAUCAUCUUUUCUCAAGACGCUUUCUUCCGUACUCUCGUUAUUGGAUAUGCGACUAAAGUGACCGCCAAUAUAGACAGGGACUCAAGCUAUCUUUCAUUAACCCGACUCAAAAAUGGCGGCAGUAUAAAAAUCGCGGGCCAUAGGUCGGUUGUAACCCGGAAGUGCCCUUUUCAAGAAGUGGGCGAGGAGGCAAUCCGGAAGUGGAUGUGAUGAAGAGAUGCCACUUGGCGGCCAUGGCAGCUGUAGUAUCGGAGGCUCCGGCUCAAGGCCCAGCGGAGUGGAGUAGCAUGGGUAGCACCGGGUAUAGGGCAGAGACAGCUUUGUAUCAGCUUCGCUGUUGAGCCCUGAAGGCCCAUCGUUGGAAGCCUGCAGGACUCCUUUCCUCAUUCUAGACUCGGAAGAGAGUUUGGUGGGCUGGUCCCAGCCCUGGGGGGGUCACUGGGUAGGGGUUUGCCCCAGAGAGACAGGGGUACCGAGAAAACGAACAGAUUCGCUUGGGUUUUCCUCCCGUUCUUGCUGCCACUUGGGACUUUGUCUUGGGGGGCGUGGGUCCGUUGUCUCACCCUCAUUCCAACGAUCCAGGAAAUCGCUCAUUUGAAUGUUUUCCCUGUACGCUUGCCGGAUCGGUUAGACCGCGGGAAUUCAGUGACUGGCAUCUGAAAACCGAGGGGCUGGGAUUCAGGAUUGCUGAGAGUUUGGGCUGGUGCCUAUAUCAGCAAAAAGGGGCUGUUUCCAGGUACGCUGAAGAGAAAGGUGCCUCGUGAACAAAUCUGCUGGUGAGGAGGACGCAAGACCUGGAAAGCUCACUAAUUCUCUUGGAACCACGACACGUGUUUAGGAAUCUAAGCACCUUUUGAAGCCUCUGAAAAUCUAACCUGGUAGUGGUGGGUGAAUAAAGGAGGGCAUGAUGGAUGAUUUCAUCUCCAUUAGUCUGCUGUCUCUGGCUAUGUUGGUGGGAUGUUACGUGGCUGGAAUCAUUCCCUUGGCUGUUAACUUUUCGGAGGAGCGACUAAAACUGGUGACUGUUCUGGGUGCUGGCCUUCUCUGUGGAACUGCCCUGGCGGUCAUCGUGCCUGAAGGAGUACACGCACUUUAUGAAGAUAUUCUUGAGGGAAAACACCACCAAUCAAGUGAAACACAGAAUGUGAUUGCAUCAGACAAAGCAGAAAUGCCAGUUGCCCAUGAACAUGAGCACAGUCACGACCACACACACCUGCAUGCCUACAUUGGUGUUUCUCUAGUACUGGGCUUCGUUUUCAUGUUGCUUGUGGACCAGAUUGGCAGUUCCCAUGUGCAUUCUACUGAUGAUACAGAAACAGCAAGGCCUUCCAAUUCCAAAAUCACCACCACGCUGGGUCUGGUCGUCCAUGCUGCAGCUGACGGUGUUGCUUUGGGAGCAGCAGCUUCAACUUCACAGACGAGUGUCCAGUUAAUUGUGUUUGUGGCGAUAAUGCUACAUAAGGCACCAGCUGCCUUUGGGCUGGUUUCCUUCUUAAUGCACGCUGGCCUAGAGCGGAAUCGAAUCAGAAAACACUUACUGGUCUUCUCACUGGCAGCACCAGUUAUGUCCAUGGUGACUUACUUAGGACUGAGUAAGAGCAGUAAAGAAGCCCUUUCAGAGGUCAAUGCCACUGGAGUGGCCAUGCUUUUCUCUGCUGGGACAUUUCUUUAUGUUGCUACAGUACACGUCCUCCCUGAGGUGGGCGGAAUGGGGCACAGUCACAAAUCUGACCCCGCUGGGGGGAGAGGCCUCAGCCGCCUGGAAGUGGCAGCCCUGGUUCUGGGUUGCCUCAUCCCACUCAUCCUGUCAAUAGGACACCAGCAUUAAUCUGGUUCCAGCCUCAACCUAUGGCCGUUUACCAUCCCGUGAGACGAGCCGGCACCUGACAGCUGCUCACUUCCUCCGUCUCUUGUCUCACCUUGCCCAUCUCCACCUGUAUUCCUAGAGUCCAGAGGGAGGUGAGAUUAAAACCUGGAGUAAUGGAAAGCUUUUAGAGUAGAAACAACACAUAGGAUUGGACAUAGACAUUCCGUUGUGUUGUCUUUUAAAGGGCCCUUGGCAUUUGGAGUUUUGAUGUUUUUCUUAACCCUAUUCUCAGGGAAGAUGGAAUUUCGUUUUAAGGAAAAGUGGAGAACUUCAUGCUCACAAUGGAACAGUAAUUAUGAAAGGACAGUGUUCUGUAAUUAA